UGCGUCACCAAAUAAUGUGAAACACCAGGAAGGGUCAGAAUACGAACAGUGUGUAAGUGUUAACUGAAACAUGUUACUGUGUAUACAUUUUAAACACUGGAAAAACGGCGCAGUGAGCCAUCUCGUUGACAUAGAACAUCUUUGCUGCAAGCAGAACUGCACUGCAGAGCUUCCAAAUAUCGUUUUAGUUUAGGCUGCUCCGGUAGCCAUUGCCACAGAUACUUGGGGGUUAAGAAAGGUCGUGGGUUGUUGACGGGUGAAGUUAAUUAAUACACACUGACAGACGAUGUAAACAGAUCCCACAACACUGUGGCUAAAGGCCUGUCACAUUUGACCUGUCCGUCUCUGAGCUAAACUCAGCUACAGACCGUUAGCUCAACUGCAGCUGACGCGCCCAGAAUGAUAAAGUUCAGCUAACAGUGACACCAAACCUCACGAACAGACAGAAUAACAACACAACCGAACUUUUUCGUAUCCCAUGCGGACUUUUGCUAGUGUUUCCAAUCGCCGUUUGGAGACGGUUAACGUGCUGUUACUGACCGGAGCCGCUAAAUUCAAAGAGUCAAUAAUGUUGCUGCUGUCGGGUACAACCCGCCUACUCGGAAGAGGGAAAACUUUGCUCCGUGAUCCGUUUAAGAGCUUUUGCGUUAACAUGUCGUCGUCCUCCUCUUCUCCUUCGGGUAAGAAACUGCGGGUUCUGGUUGACAUGGACGGCGUCCUGGCGGAUUUCGAGGGGGGGUUCUUGAAGAAGUACCGUGCCAGGUACCCGGACGAUCCCUACAUCACCCUGGAGGACAGGAGAGGGUUUUGGGUGUCAACUCAGUAUGGACAGCUGAGGAGUGACCUGUGUGAGAAAGCCAUUAGUAUCUGGGAGUCCAAGGACUUCUUCAUAGAGCUGGAGCCCCUGCCAGGAGGGAUAGAGGCCAUCAAGCAGAUGGCCAAGAUGGAUAACACAGAUGUCUUUAUUUGCACCAGCCCUAUAAAACAUUACAAACACUGUCCAUAUGAGAAGUACGCCUGGGUAGAAAAGCAUUUGGGCCAUGACUUUCUGGAGCAGGUAAUCCUGACCAGAGACAAGACAGUGAUCUCUGGAGACAUCCUCAUAGAUGACAAGCCUGACAUCCUAGGCGUGGAGCCCAAACCGACAUGGGAGCACAUCCUCUUUACCGCCUGCCACAACAAGCACCUUCCCAUCAACCCCGCUCAGAGACGCCUGAUGUCUUGGUCGGACGACUGGUGCGCCAUCCUGGACAGCAAAAGGCAGUGAGGAACUCCUUCAACUACAAACCGCAGUAGCUUGAAUUCCUGGUCGCUGGAGAGGUUGGGGGUCAUUGCCAUGACACCGACAUCAUCACCACAGCAACGGCUGCCGCUGUCUGACAGAGUAGGCAUCGCCAGUCUUCAUUUCUGAAAAAAAGAAUGGUUACAAUAUUUAGAGGGAGCACAAUCAGCCAAAUGAACAAGGUGAACAUUUCAGGAAAUACAGAGGUCAGAUGUUUCACAAGAAGCAACCACUUGUUACACUUUGUUGGGAGAGGAUAGUCACAUGUUUGUCCACAAGGGGGCACUCUGAGACUGAGGGUGAAGCAAGGUGGAAAACCACUUGUCCAUCAAUUUAAGUGAAAGAACUGUGACAAAAGAAAGACAAGGACAAAAUACAUUCAAACAGGAUACACAGUAGGUAUAAAAGGUCAGAUUGAACUUGUUGUAAGCAGCUCUGUCUUUUCAAUUUAUGGUUUUUGGUCCUGAACAUGGACAUUUUUUCCUUAAUUUUUGAGCCACACGUGCAGUUUAUCCAGGUUACUGUGGUGCAUUAAUGAGUCAGUGGACUCUGAUUCAUUUGCCACAACAGGGCACUCCACUAUACACUGAAAGUUACAGAAACAAUCUCCACUAAUCAUAAGCACUGGUGAAUAUGUGCAAUACAUAAACAUAGGAACAUACAGACUGUACCUGUUUUGUGAGAUCGUUCAUUUACUGUUUUCAGAUUACAAGAAUGUAACAGCAUUGUUUCUAACCGGGGUCACUGAGCACAGCUGUCAUGAAAAUAUACAUACGUACACUGAUAUGUCACAAGGUUUUUUAAAAGGCUGAUAUGGUUAUAUUGGUGCUUUUUUUUAACUUGUUCCCUCUAUAUUUCACAAUGAUCUAUGCAUCUGAACUAUUUCACAAAUGAGGAAAGGAAGCGUGAGAAUUGCACACACUCAUGUAUGCAUGUUGCCAAACCCAUCACUAGUGUUGAUUAGAAUAGAAUAACAGUCACUUGAAAUAUGCGCUGAAUAUGUUUACAACAUUAAAACAAAAAAGAAUAGUUUAUUGGGGGCUGGGUAUGAUGUUUAUUAAAAAAAUGAACCUAAGGAUAACUUCUAGAUCUAAGAAUAAACUUUUUUUUAAAAAUCACAUGAAAGAGAUGAUUUAUAUUGUUAGAAACUAACCUUACUCUUUGGUUUUACUGGCUUUACUUUCAUACAGCCAGUCAUACAUCUUCGAACAACCCAUGUUUUAAUAAUUUCUGGUUAAAUCUCAAGCAAUGUUAUUACUGUAAUUGCAUUAAAAUGAUAAAAUAUCAGUGCUGCUAUAUGUUAAAACACACACACACAGAGUUAGGAUUCAUAUAAAGACAUAUUCUCUACUGCAGCUAUGAUUUCCAAUCACCAAGAUGCACUGUAGGUCAUUUCCGUUGACUGUCUAUAAAUGAUCAUGUCUGAUAAAACAAGCUGUUACAAACAUGUCUCUCUUCACAUAAACCUUUUCCUGUCUUACAUUUUCUUAUUUUAACUCACUUACAGUAAGCACAUUGCAUCAGAUUUAAAGCAACCAUUGACUGCUAAUGACCUCAGCUAUAAAAGCAUGUACUGACUGAACAGACUGUAUACAAUAAAUUCACAUUUCGUUACGUCAAGUCACAUAAGCCACUAAGUUGCAUUUGUCUGUUUCAGCCGAGUAUUGCAGAGCUCUUUGCUCACUAUAUUCUGUCUGAAGUGUGAUGUUGCAAGCGCACAUUUUAGUGAACAACUUUGUGUUUGUCAGGAUUUGCAUUGUUUUACUUCAUGGUCAGUUAAGAUGUACUGUAAGUAUGUAGAAGCUGAUUUAAAAUCCAUUUAGGGUACUUCUGGCAGAGCAGUUAUGAUUUUGCCUGUUGCUGCUAAUUGGAAAGAAAACAGUGGAUACUGAACAUGUGUUAUGGAAGAUGUACUUAGUGCUGAGUGCUGUGUUGUGCCUAGCUUAAUGUACUAAUUCAAACAUGCAUAUUUCUUGUCAAUGUGGUGCUGUCAUUUAUUCCAUACAUGCUAAGAAAUGCAAUUAAAGGUUCCUUUUUUAUUUUC